CCUCCCGAGAGUCUGCAAGUGGCUGCAGUCAGAGACCAAUCAAUUGACCUGGAAUGGGAUGGCCCAAUGGCUGUGACUGAAUAUGUCAUUUCCUACCAGCCAGCUGUGCCUGGGGGCUUGCAGCUCCAGCAACGGGUACCAGGUGACUGGAGCACUGUCACUCUGAAGGAGUUGGAGCCAGGCCUGACAUACAACAUCAGCAUCUAUGCUGUUAUCAGUGAAGUGCUCAGUGCCCCGGUUGGAGUCAAGGUAGCCACCCAACUCUCUACUCCACGAGGACUGCAGUUCAAAACUAUCACAGAGACCACUGUUGAGAUGGAAUGGGAGCCCUUCUCCUUCUCCUUUGAUGGCUGGGAGAUCAGCUUCAUCCCCAAGGACAAUGAAGGAGGUGUGAUUGCUCAACUUCCCAGUAGUAUGACAACCUUCAAUCAGACUGGCCUGAAACCAGGUGAAGAGUACACAGUCAAUGUGGUAGCUCUCAAGGAACAAGCCCGAAGUUCACCCACUUCAGCCAGUGUUUCAACCUUGUUCUAUUUUAGACUUUUUUAUAUCACAGAGUUGGACAGCCCUCAUGACCUGAUUGUGACAGCUUCCACAGAAACAUCCAUCUCUGUGUCCUGGACCAAAGUCAAGGGUCCCAUUGAUCAUUAUCGGGUCAUCUUCAUGCAAGCUUCAGGAAUGGCAUCAGAGGUUACUGUCUCUAAAGAUAAAUCUGCGCUUACGCUCACCGACUUAGAACCUGGGACUGAAUACACUAUCUCGGUCAUUGCUGAAAGGGGCCGUCAGCAAAGCUUGGAAAGCACAGUGGAUGCCUUCACAGGAUUCCGACCAAUCACACAACUUCACUUUUCUCAUGUAACUUCCUCCAGCGUGAACAUCACUUGGAAUGACCCCUCACCUCCAGCAGAUAGGCUGAUACUGACCUACAGCCCCAAAGAUAAGAAGGACACCAAGGAAGUGAUGCUGGACCCUACAAAGAGGCAUGCUGCUUUGUCAGGUCUACAACCAUCCACAGAAUAUAUCAUGUCCCUGGUGGCUGUACAUGGCCUUGUCAGCUCUGAGCCAAUAGUUGGUUCAGUCACAACAGGGAUUGAUCCACCGAAGAACUUGACAAUUGUCAAUGUGACUACAGAAUCUGUGGCUCUCCGUUGGGCACCUCCAAUGGCACCUUUUGACCACUAUAAGAUUUCCUGCAAAUCUGCCCAAGGACGAGUGGACAAUAUAGUUGUUGCAAAAGGUAUCACUGAAUAUACUCUCAACUACUUGCAGCCUUCAACGGAAUAUGAAAUCACCCUAAAGAGUAUCAGGGGCAGAGAGGAGAGUGAAUCACUUUCACAUACCAUGUAUACAGCCAUGGAUCAUCCAAAGAAUUUGAUUGCCAUAAACAUUACUCCAACAGAAACCUUGCUGAAAUGGGAUCCACCUGGGGUUGAAGCUGAAAACUAUGUCAUUGUGCUUACCCAUGACAGUGUUGCAGGAGAAACUAUUUUGGUGGACAGGACCCAACAAGAAUAUAAACUUAUUGAUUUACUUCCCAGUACCAGCUAUAAAGUCACCAUGUAUGCCAUCAAUGGGCCUGUCACAAGUAGAACCAUCUUCACCAACUUUACUACUC